UGGAACCUUUUCACUCAUGCAUUAGCUGACAGAAGUGCAUCCCUGUUCCCGAGGAGAAGAACAACAAAGUCCCACCAUGGCUGUUUUGUGGAAUACAUUGUGACAACUACCGACAAGAUGAUGAACGACAUCAUAGAGGAACCGGAGAAGGACACUCUGCUGGAGCCGCAAGUCUUCCCGCUCCAUUGGCCUCCAGAUGUUACUCCCACGGCCGGGUGGAGACGGACGAGGAGUUUGACGCCGGCUGGGUGACGUACUUCAGCAAACCUGACAUCGAUGCCUGGGAGCUGAGGAAAGGCAUGAACACCCUGAUCGGGUACGACCUGGUGCCCGAGGCUAAGAUCGUGGACUCUGCGCUCAGAGCGUGCCGGAGACUGAACGACUUGGCCAGCGCCAUCCGUAUCCUGGAGGCCGUUCAGGACAAAGCCGGCCCCCACAAAGAGAUCUACCCGUACCUGAUCCAGGAGCUGCAGCCCACGCUGUCAGAGCUCGGCGUCUCGACUCCAGAACAGCUCGGCAUGGACAAGUUGUAGACCCUCCAGGUCCUUGGAUGUAUAACGAGAUGACGAUGAGCUCUUCUGAUUCCCCACUUUAAAUAUGUCUAUAUAUUGUUGAUCAAACCCAUGCUUUCCUGUUGUGUACAAAAUGGUGGACCUAAUAAUAACGAAACCAAUAAUUUAAGAACGUGUGUUGUGCUUUUAGUUUUGUAUAUACAUGCAUCAUAUGUUCCAAGUUGAUCAAAUAAACUCAUGUAUACAAGAUUAAAA